AGCUCACCGCAUCGUGCACGAGUGUCUUUCUCGCUCGAGUGUCAUCCGGAGAGCACCAUGAGGUUCAGCGUACCCUUAGUUGUACUGGUCGCUCUGAUGGCUUUUUCUGAAGUCGCUCAAGCCCAAGUGGGACCCUGUACCAGAGCCAACAUGAAGCAGCCCACCCUCCUGGGCCAGGAGACGUGGCAGUGCGAUAGCGAAGGCUUGUUCCUCCGAGUGCAGUGUCAUCCAAAAACCGGUUUCUGCUGCUGUGUCGAACCCCGGAACGGAAAGUGCUUGAAAAACACCGAAAAAGCUCCUGGAACUGGGCUUCCGCAAUGUUGAUGAACUGUGCCUUGGGGUUCAGUAUCACAGCGGGAGGAUCUCAUUUCAAUUCUGUACAUAGGGUCGAGAGAG